UCCAUUUAGCUGUAGUUGCAGGAUGAUAUACAUUUCGUACUGUUUAGUUUAUCUGACAUUAUUGUCAGCGCAGUGUCAUUCUCAAUCAGAGGAUGGUAGGCGUUACAUUCCAGGACCGUCUCGGUAUAAUACGGAUGUGCAAGAAGAACAGGAAAGUUACAGACAGGAAAGGCAAUCGCCAGUAUAUAAGGUAUCAAGGCAAGAUGACAAACUGCAAGCUUCUAUACAGUAUUUCGAACCUCAAGCAGACUAUCAAGUUGAAUCCGAAUAUUUACCAACGAAUUACGAACAAAUAUCUAAAAGCCGUUUCAGCCGCGUAAGACUUCAACCCAAACAACAGCCCAUAGUAGAGCAAUACCUUAAAGAGGUAACACCAACAACUAAAACCGUGUACAACCCGAAAAUUUACGUACGAUAUCAACAACCUUCGAGUACUGCCGACACCCGAGAUACAAUUUCAAAGCAAUCACCCUAUCAGUACGCAUCGCAAUCCCAGUCGCAACAUACUCCUGAAAUUCAGCUUCCCGAACCACCGAAGAAGCCUUCCGGGCAUUUGGCUAAGGGAAACAUAUUAGCCUAUCAAAACGCCCUCAUUGCUCAUCAGAACGCCCUUUACGAACAACAAAGGGCUGCCGAUUUAAUUAAACAACAAAAUUCCCCUUCCAAAUCGGCCAUUUACAUAGCACAGAAGAUUCAACAAAGACCUGCCGUUAAAGAAUUGCCCAAACCAGUCCAAGCAUCUAACGAGGAUGAGGUGAACUAUUACAUUAAGUUGCAGGAGUAUCAGCAGCAGAAACGAGCUGAAACCUACGAACAAGCGGCUCCUGUUAAAUACCAAGCUAGAGCUCCAGAAGUUCAGGAAGUUGUUGAAGAUCAAAUCUACCAAUCCCAAAUCGUUCCGUAUCAGGAUUUAAGAUCCGCUGUUCCCAAAUUCACACCGGUACAACCAGAAUACCUCCAAGAGGUGCGAUAUCAAUCCUACCAACCAACUGAGCAAGAUAGGUACCAAAACGUCCAACCUGGCUAUUAUGAAUAUCAGCAGGUGCCGGUGAAAGCUUCCGAAGAGCAGUACCAGCAACAUUUUAGGGGUGGGCCUAAAUAUCUGCCUGAAGCUAAAUUAGUAAGCUAUCAGCAGGCAGAAGGUGCUGGUAACAAGCAUUAUCAGCCAGGAAGAGCGGCUUACGACAAGUAUAGAGCGGAAAUUGCCAAGUACCACGGAAAAUCGGAACAAAGUCCUCAAAAAUCGCAGAGCGAAGAACCGGAUGAUGACGGGGAAUUGAUCAAGACUUUAGGAAAAAAUACCAGUCUAAGGUUGUACAAAGGUCAGCCCACUGUAUUUAUAGGCCGAGAAGAUUAAACAACAAACUAAUUAUAGUUCUCCCAACUUGAUAUUUUGCCGGUUUCCUAGUGAUUUUUAUUGUAUAGUUAAGUCAUAAAUUAUUAAUAAUUUUCUAUUAAGCAUAUAGGUAUUUUAAGUAAGAUACUUUCUAUAUUUUUGUGAAUAAAAAUUGUGAAACA